AUGGAUCAGUCGGAACCCGAGUUACCUCAGACCCAGUCUACUGGGCAGGGCACUCAAGCCACAAUCGUCGAUUCUACUCCAGAACAAAAUCCCGCCAAUGUUCCACAACAGGACAACACCGAUUCUAUCCCAGAACAAAACUCCGUCAAUGCUCCUGAAGAGAGCAAUCCUUCCAUGUCAACUCAAUCCGCCGAUACAAUGUCAACAAUUGGAUCGAUUCUGAAACUUGGGGAACCCUUUCGCGAGAAUGCCCGGCCGGUCUCCUCGCCCUCGUUGGGCCCCACUCUGGAAGUGGUGGUUCCACCUCCAAAGUCAACUGCUGCAAACGAGAAUGCCGCAGAAGAUCUUCAGAAUCCCCCAAAACAAACCGAUUCACCAAACCCAUUCUUAGACGCUCCCAAGGAAGGUGCGUCUCACAUCCAACACCAAGAAGAUAAUACGACCACGGAUGUGGACGAACCACAAGCUUCCCCCCGACUGCCAAGACGAGGUAGGAGCAAUCCAACCACUCCCGAACUGAGACCUCAUAAACGGGCACUAUGGACGCCAUUGGGGUACGGAACCCCACAGUAUGGCCUGCAAACGAAAGCUGCGCAAAGACUCGCCAAAGCUUCCACCCCGCUUUGA